CCUGCUUUCAACCAGCUUUAUUUAUUACAGUCGCGCACUUGCCGGUGUUGUGAAGUACGGUAGCCGUGGAGUCUCAAACAUCGUGAACCAUGGCGGCCCAUCUGAAGAAGCGCGUUUAUGAAGAAUUUACCAAAGUGGUUCAGCAGCCACUAGUUGAAGAUCUUUCAGCAAAGAAAUUACGUCUGACAAAGCCGAGUAAAUCCGCUGCCCUCCACAUCGACCUCUGCAAGGCCACAUCACCGGCGGACGCCCUACAGUACCUUCUGCAAUUUGCGCGCAAACCCGUGGAGGCAGAAAGUGUGGAAGGAGUGGUCCGCAUCCUGCUAGAGCACUACUACAAGGAAAAUGAGCCGUCUGUGAGAUUGAAGAUCGCGUCUCUGUUGGGCCUGCUGUGUAAGACGUCAGGGUUCUGUCUGGACUCUAUAGUGGAUGAUGUGAUCGGGACACUUCAGAAUGAAAAGUCUCAUCAGGUUCUUGCUCAGCUGCUGGACACUUUGUUAGAGAUCGGGAUCAAGCUGGUGGACAGUGUACCCAUCCGGAUGAGACUGGUGGAUGUGGCAUACAAGUAUCUCUCGGACACAUCUCACGGCGUCAGGAACAAGUGUCUGCAGCUUCUCGGCUGCCUCGGAUGUGUGGAUAAAACACCUGCGAAAGAUGUGGAAGGAGCAGUCGCCAAAGACGUACAGAAGAUCAUCGGCGACUAUUUCAACGAUCAGGAUCCACGCGUCAGGACGGCUGCUAUAAAAGCCAUGUUGCAGUUGCACGAGAGAGGCCUGAAGCUGCAGCAGGUCCUGUACAGUCAGGCUUGUAAGCUGCUGACGGACGACUACGAGCAAGUGCGCAGUGCCGCCGUGGAGCUGGUCUGGGUCCUCAGUCAGCUGUAUCCUGAAAGCAUUGUUCCUAUCCCGUCCUCCAACGAGGAGAUCCGGCUGGUGGAUGAAGCUUUCGGGAAGGUCUGUCACAUGGUCAGCGAUGGAUCUUGGAUGGUCCGAGUUCAGGCUUGCAAACUUCUGGGGUCAAUGCAGCAAGUCAGUCCCCACUUUUUGGAGCAGACCCUGGAUAAGAAACUUAUGUCGGAUCUUAGGAGGAAGAGAACAGCUCAUGAACGUGCAAAAGAGUUGUACAGCUCUGGGGAGUUCUCCAGCGGCAGAAAGUGGGGGGAUGAUGCCCCCCGGGAGGAGCUGGAUACUGAGGCUGUGAACCUGAUAGAGUCCGGGGCCUGCGGAGCUUUCGUCCAUGGCCUGGAGGAUGAGAUGUAUGAGGUGAGGAUCGCGGCGGUGGAAUCCCUGUGUCUCCUGGCUCGCUCCUCCCGCCCCUUCGCAGAGAAGUGCUUAGAUUUCCUGGUGGACAUGUUCAAUGAUGAGAUAGAAGAAGUGCGGCUGCAAUCCAUACACACCAUGCGCAAGAUCUCAGACAACAUAACCCUCCGGGAGGAUCAGCUGGACACUGUGCUGGCUGUGCUAGAGGACUCUUCCAGGGACAUCCGCGAGGCUUUACAUGAGCUGCUGUGUUGUACAAACGUCUCCACAAAGGAAUGUAUUCACCUCGCCCUGGUGGAACUUCUGAAGAACCUCUCCAAGUACCCCACAGACCGGGAGUCCAUCUGGAAAUGUCUGAAGUUCCUGGGCAGCAGACACCCCACCCUGGUCCUGUCCCUGGUACCCGAUCUCCUGAGCACACACCCCUUCUUCGAUACUCCAGAACCUGAUAUGGAUGAUCCAGCGUAUAUAGCGGUUUUGGUUUUGAUAUUCAACGCGGCGAAGACUUGCCCCACCAUGCCGGCUCUGUUCUCCGACCACACGUUCCGCCACUAUUCCUACCUGCGGGACAGUCUCUGCCAUCUGGUUCCUGCUCUGACUCUGCCCGGAGUAAAAUGGUCCUGGAUCCCAAAUCUGGAGCACCAGUCUUCUCCUGAGGACCCUUCCCAGCAGUUUCUGCAGAACAGCCUGGAGAGAGUCCACAACCUGCAAAAUCUGGAUAUCCAGGGGACGCAGCAGCUUCUCGAGUUCACUAUCCGGGACCUGCAGAGAAUAGGGGAGCUCCAGUCGGAGCUGGCCGGCAUGGCGGACUUCUCGGCAACCUACCUGCGCUGUCACCUGCUGCUUAUCAAGGCUUUGAAUGAGAAGUUGUGGAGCCUUGCGGCGCCCUUGUAUGUGAAGCAGAACUCUCUGGCUGCUACGGCCGUCAAACAGAUUUUGGAAGAAACGUACAAGAUGGAGUUCAUGUACAGUGGGCUGGAGAACCGACAAGUGGCCAUCAUUCAUCACAUGAGGUUACAGGCAAACGCCCUCCAGCUCCUUGUAACCGCCCGGACCACCAAAGGGGAGGAGCCGCUGUUCAGCAUGUGUAAGCAGUUCCUGCAGGAGGUGGAUUUUUUCCAAAGGUGCUUCAUCUCGGAGCUCCCCCACAUGCAGGACAGUUUUGUGGAUAAGCUGCUGGAUCUUAUGCCUCGACUGGUGAACUCCAAACCCUUAGAGAUGGUGAAGAUCCUGCAGACCUCCCUGCGGCAGAGCAGCCUCCUGCGGCUAACUCUACCUGAUCAGAUUCACAGAGCCUCGGCGCACAUCAUUGAACCGGCCGCUGAGUCUGAUAACCCGAUCCGGUUCACCUCCGGUUUAGUUGUAGCCCUGGAUGUUGAUGCCACAUUGCAACACGUCCAGGAACCGCAGAACACUGUUAAAGUCCAGGUCGGAUAUCCAGAUGGGCAGGUUCAGAUUAUUCACCCAAAACCAGCAGACUUUCGCAACCCCGGCCCGGGGCGACAUCGGCUCAUUACACAGGUCUAUCUGUCUCAUACAGCCUGGACAGAGCCCUGCCAGAUUGAAGUUAACCUCUUGCUCGCCUACAGCUCCAGCAGAAGCCGAGCGCUGACCCGCUCCUCCAAGACCACCUGGGGGGACAGCACAGACUCUGCGCCCCUCCCAGAAACUAACAUAGAGGGGACUCUGCCUUUCAGCAAACCUGUCAAAGUCUUCCUUAUGCCCAAACCUGCCAGGCGGUGACACCCUGAGGGGCAGCUAUCCCAGCAGUCUGCCAGGCGGUGACACCCUGAGGGGCAGCUAUCCCAGCAGUCUGCCAGGCAGUGACACCCUGAGGGGCAGCUAUCCCAGCAGUCUGCCAGGCGGUGACACCCUGAGGGGCAGCUAUCCCAGCAGUCACUGCACAGGUCCUCUGCAAUCAUGUCACCAAUAACUGAGCCCCUCCCCCCCACUGAUCACUAAAAUGACGGUCACUUGGUAUCACUAAUAAAAAGCAGUCAUUUUGGGUCCAAUAACCCUAAUGAUUGGUGCCGUGGGGGUCUCUUGGCUCCUAAGAACAGCCAUAACCAGUCCCCAAAAUAAUUUUGCCACCACAUCUGCUGCUAUCGUGGCUAAAAGUGCCGGAUUAUCGGAGGCCAAGUUACAGGAAUUUUGCAGUUUUUUUUCCCAGCAGGGUAUCUGUGUAUAUAGAACAAUGCAUCAUGGUCUUAUUUUUGUUGUAUGGAUAAAUGAGAUGAACAAGAUUUUUAAUUUUUUUUGUACAGAAUUGUUGAUUUUGUUUUUUU